CACCUAAGUCACCAUUGAACCAAAACUGAUUAAAGAAAACUUAGAAAACUUACUUCUUUAUUACGAGUUGAAAUGGGAAAGAGAAGAACACUCCUGCUUCUAUUGCUGGUACUUUUCUCUGCACUAGUGGCCUCUGUUAGUGGUUAUAUAGAUGAAGAGGAAGAAAGUGAGCAAAAGACUCAAGGAGAAAAAUGGUUCUUACUGCGCCACUUGCACGAUGUUGUGAAAACUGAUGCAGGGUCUAUGAGAUUGGUGAAGGGUGGCUAUCGAAGGGGUUCGUUUUUACAUAGUCCAAUGCAUAUUGGUUUCAUCUCCAUGGAACCAAAUAGUCUCUUCAUCCCUCAGUACCUUGAUUCCGAUCUUGUCCUCUUUGUUCACCAUGGGGAAGCAAGAGUUGGACACAUCUAUAGGGAUGGAUUAGUAGAAAGGAAAUUGAAGCAUGGAGAUGUUUACACAAUUCCUGCUGGAUCAGCUUUCUAUUUGGAGAAUAGAGUUGAUCAAAGACUUCGCAUAAUUUGUAGUAUUGAUAUUACCUCAGAAUCCAUGGGAUGGAAUGCUUUCCAGUCUUUCUUCAUUGGUGGUGGAACUUAUCCUACAUCCAUUCUUGCUGGAUUCGAUCAUACCACAUUAUCAACUGCUCUUAAUGUCUCGACAGAAGAACUAAGCACGUUUUUAACCAGGCAAUCAUCAGGGCCAAUCGUGCAUUUAUCCGGUUCUCAUCACACAAACAUUUGGACUAAAUUUGUAGCCCAAAAACCCCACCAAAGACUAGCUCACAUGAAGAGGGUUGCAAAUUUUGGGGAUGCAGCUAGCCCAAAAGAGGAUGAAUCAACAUGGUCAUUGAGGAAAUUUUUGUUUAACUUGUUGAACAGAGAAGAUUUUGUCAAUCGAGCGAAUCAUAAAGCUCCAUCAACAUACAAUCUCUACAACAAGAAGCCCAAUUUCAAGAACGACUAUGGAUGGAGCAAGAAGGUGGAUGAGUCUGAUUAUUCUCCUCUAAAACAAUCCGGAAAUGGCGUUUAUCUUGUCAAUCUAUCCCCGGGAUCCAUGGUGGCACCUCAUGUUAACCCAACAGCAAUAGAGUAUGGAAUAGUAUUGAAAGGGACUGGCAGGAUCCAAAUUGUGUAUCCAAAUGGGACUUUAGCCAUGAACGCGAGAGUACGAGAAGGAGAUGUUUUUUGGGUGCCACGGUACUUCCCCUUCUGCCAAAUUGCCUCAACAAAUGGCCCAUUUGAGUUCUUCGGCUUCACUACAUCAGCAAGAAGGAACCAUCAACAGUUCUUGGUGGGUAAGAACUCAUUGAUGCAGAGCUUGAGAGGGUCAGAAUUUGCAGCUGCAUUUGGAAUAGGUGAGAAAAGGCUUAAAAGGAUUGCCAAUGCUCAACAUGAACAAGUCAUCUUGCCAUCAUCAUCAUCUUCUCCUCGUGACAAGACAAUUACAGAGCCAGAAAGGAAGGAGAUGGCCAAGUUGGAAAGGAUUAUCGGGAGCUUAGGCAAUGACAUGUUCAUGGGUUUUGUUUAGUUUAAUUAGUUUAGCGGAAAUGCUAGUCCUUAGGCUAGUCGAGUUUUGGUAUGAAAGCUAGAAGCCAAUCUUGGCGCUAUUUAGUUCUUUUUUGGUCUUUUUUUCUUUUUUUCUUUUUUUUGGUUUGGAUUUAUUUCCUUGGUCAUCGGACGCAAGACGUCAUGACAUUUGAGUUUUGAAUAAGACGGAUUCUUUUUUUAUUCGUGUUCCAUCGAUGGCUCAAACU